AUGAACUGUGUUUUUAUAAUAGUUUCUAUUAUUCUUAUCAUCACCGUUAUUAUUCCAGUUGCAAUAUGUGAUUCCAAUGUUUCUUUGUAGGUUCUUCUUCUCGAAUUCUAAAAUCUAAAUUUUUCAAUUUCAAUUUCAGAAUGGGUUCAUCAGUAUCGCCAAAUGGAAAUGAAAAAAUGUUAACCACAUCAAAACCUGUUAAAAAACCGAUAGAAGUAUGUUUUAUUUCUGAAACUCGCUCAAUUAGUGACAAGACUUUUUCCAGAGGCAAUGUAAGUAUAAGUUGAACCUCAAAACUAACAGAUUGGAAAGAAAGUGUUCAGUUGUUAUAAAUCUGAAAAUGCCCAAGGCUUCAUCAACUUUAUCUAAUUAUUUACCAUCGAUUUUUAUUUUCGGUCUUUUGUAUUUGGUUAACUGA